AUGCAAGCUGUUCAAGUACUUAAAAAACUGCUCGAUGACUACAGGAAGACCACCCCUGGAAAGCUCAAAAUCAUAGAUGCAUACAUGCUCUAUAUUCUUCUCACAGGAAUUGCUCAGUUCCUAUACUGCCUAAUUGUUGGUACAUACCCGUUCAACUCUUUCCUCUCAGGAUUCAUUUCCACUGUCACCUCGUUCGUUCUUGCAUCUUGUCUUCGUGUGCAAGUGAAUGAGGAUAACAAAUCGGAGUUCUCUCACAUUUCACCCGAACGAGCUUUUGCUGACUUCAUAUUUGCACAUGCAGUUCUGCAUUUGGUGGUCGCGAAUUUCCUAGGUUAA